AUGGCUUCUUCAGAUCACUCUUCUGACCUCGAAUUUUCCAACGGUUUGGCUAAUAGUAAAAAUGGCAUUGAAAGUAGUAGUAAUAUUAUUCAAAAAAUGAUUGAUGACCAGUUUAAAGCCAGAGAUGAGAAAAUCACCCAACUUCAAAACCAGGUUGAACGACUCCAAAAAGAAAACCAAAAAUUACUAGCGCAAGUGAGUAUGUCACCUGACCAGCUCAUAAAUAACCGGAGUUUUGACCAUAGACAAAAAGCUCAAGAACUUAAAAAUGCUAUAACUAAAGUAGUAGACGAUGUGCUUUUAAAUCAAGAUCAUUCAACUCGUCAACAUGUAUUUAAUAACUAUAAUAACAGCAAAUGGAACUCCGCUUCAACUCCCACUACUUCUCAUACUGAAG